CUCCUCUCGUCUCCUCUUCGCCCACGCCCAUAAAUCCACACUCCCUCGCCCACACAGACACAGAAACAGCAGCCGGAGCCAACAACACCCACCGCUACCCAGAGCUCUCCGCCUCAGCCAUGGGUGAAGAAAUCAAGAAGAAGGAAGAAGGCGAAGAUCAAAAGAAGGAAGAAGGCAAAGAAGAGAAAAAGGAAGCAACUGAAUCAGCAGCGGAAACAACCCCAGAAGAAGAAAAGAAACAAGAGAGCAAGAAAAACGAAGAAGAAUCGCCCCCAGAAAUUGUGCUCAAAGUGGAUAUGCAUUGCGAAGCCUGCGCCAGAAAAGUGGCCAGAGCCCUCAAGGGCUUCCAAGGAGUGGAGAAUGUGACAACGGAUAGCAGAGCAGGGAAGGUGGUGGUGAAAGGGAAAGGGGCAGACCCUUUGAAGGUUUGUGAGAGAUUACAGAAGAAAAGUGGGAGAAAAGUAGAGCUAAUCUCGCCAUUGCCUAAGCCUGCUCCUGAGGAGCAACAACCUAAAGAAGAUGACAAACAGCCAAAGGAAGAGAAAAAGGAAGAGGCUCCUCCACCUCCAGCAGUGGUAACAGUGGUACUGAACGUGCAGAUGCACUGCGAGGCUUGUGCUCAAGUUUUAAAGAAGCGAAUCAGGAAGUUCAAAGGUGUAGAGUCUGUGGAAACAGAACUAGCUAGCAAUCAGGUGAUUGUUAAAGGGGUUAUGGAUCCGAGUAAGCUGGUCGACCAUGUUUCGAAGAGAAGCCGAAGGCCGGCUUCCAUAGUAGUGAAGGAGGAAGAAAAGAAGGAAGAGGAGAAGAAGGAAGAGGAAAAACCAGCAGCUGAAGAGAAACCAGAGGAGAAGAAGGAGACUCAGGAAGAAGAUGAUAAGAAGUUUGAUAUCAAAAGGCUUGAGUAUUGGCCAUCAACCAAAUAUUACACUGAGUAUGCGUAUGUGCCUGAGCGGCUUUUCAGUGACGAGAAUCCAAAUGCGUGUUUAAUAAUGUAGACUGCAAUUCUAUUUUGUUUUUGGCUUAAUUUGCCGUUUUGUACCUUCUCAGAUACUUUCUAUCUCAGUAAUGCCAGCAAGGUUAAUGGUUAAUAUUAA